AGAAUAUUAAUACCUAAUCAGACCUUAAUUAAACUACAACAUUUGCUUCCAUAAACACUCAGCACAACAGACAGACUUGACGACGGACAAACGGAGAAACUAACGUCGAUAAUACCACCAAAAAGCUAUUGACCUUUCUCAUCCUUCCCCUCUCUCUCCCUCUCUCUCUACUUUCUCUCUCAUCACUGACAGUUCGAAUUCCCCUCUCUCUGCAACUCUCUGCAGAAACUUUCUUGUCCGUUCUCGAAGGUUUGGCAAUUUUCACUCAAAAGUUUCUCUAAAGGGCUUACCCUUCUUGAUUCUCUCCAUUUCAUCUCUCUAUCCACCGAUUAUGCUUCAAAGUCUAGUUCCUCAAUCUCCAAUUGGCUCAAACCCUAGCCCCAGCUCGUCCAACUCGGCCAUGAGAGCUAAACGCACCAUAGACCGUGCCGGUGGCGGCGGCGAAUCCUCCGGAGAGCACGACGACGACGCGUCGCGGAAGCGGCGAAACUUUUCCGGGGAGGCCACGGUUUCAGGCGAGAAAACGGCGGUCGAGCAUGAAGAAGCAGUCAUCGACGGCGAGUCCACCGGGUUACGACUUCUAGGGCUGUUGCUACAAUGCGCCGAGUUCGUGGCCAUGGACAACCUUGACGACGCGACCGAUCUUUUGCCGGAGAUCUCCGAGCUCUCAUCGCCGUUCGGGUCUUCACCGGAACGAGUAGCGGCGUACUUCGCCGAAGCACUGCAGGCUCGGAUCAUCAGCUCGUGCCUCGGCACGUAUUCGCCUCUCAACAUCAAAUCCCUAACCCUAUGUCACAUCCAGAAGAUCUGCAACGCCCUGCAAUCCUACAAUUCGAUCAGUCCGUCCAUCAAGUUCUCUCACUUCACUGCCAACCAAGCGAUAUUCCAAGCACUGGACGGCGAGGAUCGAGUCCACGUCAUCGAUCUCGACAUAAUGCAAGGCCUUCAAUGGCCAGGAUUGUUCCACAUCCUGGCCUCCCGAUCGAAAAAGAUCCGAUCCAUGCGAAUCACUGGCGUCGGAUCCUCAAUCGAACUCCUGGAAGCGACCGGCCGGCGACUCGCGGAUUUCGCGAGUUCACUCGGUCUACCCUUCGAGUUCCAUCCUUUAGAAGGCAAGGUUGGGAACAUAACUGAUCUGAGUCAACUGGGAGUAAGAAUUGGCGAAACAACGGUGGUCCACUGGAUGCACCAUUGCCUAUACGACAUAACGGGGAGUGAUUUAGGGACGUUGAGAUUGUUGACUUCUUUGAGGCCCAAACUGAUCACGAUCGUCGAACAAGAUUUGAGCCACGGAGGUAGCUUUCUGGCGAGGUUUGUGGAGGCACUGCAUUAUUACUCGGCGUUGUUUGAUGCUUUGGGUGAUGGGUUGGGUGAGGACAGCAUCGAACGGCAUCAAGUGGAGCAGCAGUUGUUUGGGUGCGAGAUCAGGAACAUCGUGGCCGUUGGUGGGCCCAAGAGAACCGGUGAGGUCAAAGUGGAGAGAUGGGGGGAUGAGCUGAGGAGGAUUGGGUUCCGACCCGUUUCUCUGGCGGGUAACCCGGCCGCACAGGCCAGUUUGUUGCUUGGCAUGUUCCCAUGGAAAGGAUACACUUUGGUGGAAGAGAAUGGGUGUUUGAAGUUGGGAUGGAAAGAUCUGUCUUUGUUGACAGCAUCCGCUUGGCAGCCGUCGGAUUAGAUUACCAGAGGCGAGGAGAGGAGGAGGAUAUCGGGAUUGAGGUCAAUCAUAAAUCGAAAGGACAUGUGUUUGUCACCAAGUACUAUUUAUUGAUAAGUAGAGGAAGGUUUUGUCUCUGAUUUGGUACAGUUUAAGAGUUCUGGUGAUUGAAGCAUUAAGUGAAGAGCUGUCUUGUUCACUUUGUUGUAAUUCUUUGAAAGGAAGAAAAACAUGUAUUCGUUUAUGUUGGAGUGGACCGCUAUUUUUUCUAGAAAAUUGAACCUAAAUAAAUAAAGAAAUAGAUUGAUUCUUUAUGGGAUCCAUUCCUAGUGAUUUUAAAAA